CUCUUUCUGGCGUUUCUUGUCUUCAUCUUCUUCCUCCCACCUUCGGUCCCCUUCGUUCGAUUCCAUGCAAAUUGCGAGCAUCAGCAGCAGAACAACAGCUCACGCACAGACACCCGUCGGUCUCCUUCGCCUAUAAAUACAGCGGCGCGCGGAGGAGGACAAGCACCGACGCCUGAGAAAGAGAGGCGAAGAAGAAGGAGAAGAAGAAGUAAUAUUUGCCAGCUUUCCUCGCCGCGAUCCGACCCAUGCGACCGGCGCUGACCGACCCACCAUUGAUACUCGGUGAACUCCCGGCGGUGCCAGAAUCGAAGGCGGGUUUGGGUCCAUCUCCUUCCUUAUGAGCUGUUUUGACGAGCUUCGGUGUUCCUCCAACCUCAGCCGCUUCGUCGCGGGCCUCCUCCUCCUCAUUCUCUACCAUUCCUUCCAAUUAGUCUCCAAUUUCCCGAUUCCUAUACACCCUUAAUCGCAGAGGACGCCCGUGUGCACACUCCUUUGUUUUCAUCUCACCGUCCCCGGCGUUGUUCGAGAGAGAGAGAAAAGAGAGAUAGAGAGAGAGAGGACGAGAAGGAAAUUCGUUUGUUUGUUUGUUCCUCGGUGUUGUUGCUGGUGCUUCUGAUUCGGUCGGACAGGCUCUGCGUAUGGAUCCCAAGGAAUCAUUAUUGUCAUCGAUCCCUUUGCUCGACGGCACCAUAUUUUCUCAUUUUGAGAGAGAACAAGCUUCGUUCCCAUCAGUCAUCGUGAUUGGUGGUGGAAUAUCUGGGUUAGCAGCGGCCCGUGCUCUUCAUGAUGCAUCUAUUAAGGUCAUCUUACUGGAAUCUCGGGAUAGAAUUGGUGGUCGCAUUCAUACUGACUACUCAUUUGGGUUCCCUGUGGAUAUGGGGGCCUCAUGGCUACAUGGUGUUUGCAAUGAGAAUCCAGUGGCACCUCUGAUACGUCGUUUAGGGCUUACCUUAUACCGUACCAGUGGGGACAACUCUGUCCUCUAUGACCAUGAUUUGAAAAGUUGUAUAAUUUUUGAUACAAAUGGCCAGCAAGUUCCCCAGAACUUGGUCAGUGAAGUAGGUGAAAAAUUCGAGAUAAUUCUCAAAGAGACAGAUAAAGUAAGGAACGAAAAUGCUGACGAUAUGUCUGUUCGUCAAGCUAUAUCGAUCGUGUUAGACAGACAUCCAGAGUUGAGACAAGAAGGGCUUGCAAAUGAAGUGUUGCAAUGGUUUAUUUGUCGAAUGGAGGCUUGGUUUGCAGCAGAUGUGGAUAAAAUAUCAUUAAAAAGCUGGGAUCAGGAACAGGUUCUUUCUGGUGGUCAUGGACUUAUGGUGGAAGGCUAUGAUCCUGUAGUAAAGGCUCUUGCCAAGGACAUUGAUAUACGCUUGAACCACAGGGUUUCAAAGAUAUAUUAUGGACGCAAUAAGGUCAAGGUCGUGGUUGAGGGCGGAAAGAAAUUUGUUGCGGAUGCAGCUAUAGUUACAGUUCCUCUUGGUGUUCUCAAAGCAAAUUUAAUUAAGUUUGAGCCUAGGUUGCCAGAGUGGAAGGUUUCGGCUAUCACAGAUCUUGGAGUGGGCAAUGAAAAUAAGAUAGCCUUACUAUUUGAUAACGUUUUCUGGCCAAACGUGGAGUUACUAGGUGUUGCUGCCUCCUCUUCUGAUGCUUGUGGUUAUUUUCUCAAUCUUCACAAGGCAACUGGUCAUCCUGUUCUUGUCUUUAUGGUUGCGGGGAUGUGUGCUCACUAUCUCGAGCAUCUAUCUGAUGAGUCUGCUGCUGGUUUUGUCAUGUCGCUGCUUAAGAAAAUGUUCCCUCAUGCGACUAAGCCGGUUAAGUACCUCGUGUCCCAUUGGGGUAAAGACCUCGACUCUCUCGGCUGCUACUCUUAUGAUCUGGUGGGAAUGCCGAUGGACUUAUAUGAUAGACUGAGAGCGCCAAUUGGCAACCUUUUCUUUGGAGGGGAAGCCGUGAGCAUGGACCAUCAGGGAUCCGUGCACGGGGCUUACUCGGCCGGAGUAAUGGCAGCUGAGAAUUGUCAGAGGCUGCUAUUGAACCACGGUGGUUUAAUACAGAACGUGAAUCUGGCUUCUUUUCGGGUGGAGAGCGUUCAAGCUUCAUCUCCUCUUCAAAUCUCAAGGAUGUGAAGCAUUGGCAUGCCCCCCGUGAAAUCUAUUUACAUUUACUAAAUAAAUAUUCUGGACAAGGAUAAUUUGAAAAUUCAAGCAAUGAAUGAUUUGUGCUGAAAAGUUUGAUUUCUCA